AUGCGCUCCCACGCAGGACCGAGAGCCGCCGCCUUGAUCGCGCUCCGCGACGCCGCCGCCAGCCGCGCCUGCGCGGUGUGCGGCCGCCCGGGCGCGACCGUGCGGUGCGCCGGCUGCUCUCGGGCCGGCGGCUGCGCGGCUGCGUUCCACUACCCCUGCGCGCGCGUCGCCGCGGCCGGCGGCGCCGUCCUGUUUGCCGAUAGCUUUGUCGGCGUCGCGUGCGGCCAGCACUACGACUGCAUCCUGCAACAUGCACUGGACCCCGGGGAGCAGCAGUUUGCCGGCCUGUGGCGCGAGGGCUACGGUGGCUGGGCUCGCGAGCACAAAGCGGCGGCGCUGGAUGCGGCAGUAGAUCCCUGGGUGCGCCACCUGUGGCAAGCCUAUCAGGCCUUCCCGCAGUCCCCCAUCCCCGCUGCCGUGCUCGCUGCCGCGCGCGCCGCCGCCGCCCGCCGCUGCCCGCCGCCGCAGCAGCUGCCCCUGCCUGCCUCGCCGCCACCGGGGCUCGCGGCGGCGGCGCCCCGCGCGGUCCUGGCGCGCCUGCGCCGCCUCGCCGCGACGGCCAGCCUCUGCGCGGCCGGCGCCGCGCUCCACCCUGGCGGGUUCGAGCUGGCGCGGCGUCUGGUGGUGCGCCGCAGCGCGGCGAACGCCGCGCACGCGCUUGCGCUCUACGGCUGCGACCCGCGGUCUGACCUGGGUAAGGCGGUGCGGGAGGUUGACGAACGGGCCAGCCGCAUGGCCCAGGCCUGCGCCGCGGCGAGGUCAUCGGCGGGCGGCGGGCGCGACGGGAGGAGGCGGUUGGCGCAGCGGCGACAGACAGGGCUCGGCGGGCGGGCGGCGCCACAGCAGACUGGGGGCAGCAGCAAGCGGCGGGACGCAGACAGCGCGGCGGGCGCGGACGGCGGCGGCGAGGACGAUGCUCGUACGGAGCGGGAGGCGCGCGGCCGCAGCAGCCGCCUGUGCGGCGCAGGGCCCUCUUCGCCAGCGUUUGGCGAGUCACAGCUGCCUGGAACGACGCCCGCUCGGUCGGACGCGCGCUCCAGCGUCAGCCGAGACCGCGAACGCGGCCGCGGCCAGGGGAGCAGCGUAAGCGACCCUGCCGGCGUCAGCGGCGACGGCGACGGCGGCGGCAACGCUGGCGCAGGUGCCGCCGGCAGCAGCCUCUGCGGGUUUGGGCGCGGCGGGGGCUUUGGUCGCGGGUACAAUCGGUGGCCGAGCAACCCUCUCCCGGAGGAGAUGCCCCCGACGGAUGAGGAGUGGGCGGCUAUGGUUGCCGAGGCCGAGGCUGAGCCGGACUCAGGGGGCUCGUGGGACUGGACGGCGCCCGCCGACGCCGGCCCCGCAAGCCCUCGUGACCAGCGCUUGCGCCGCGCCGAGGCCGGCGGCGCGGCGCCCGCGGGGGCCGCGCCGGCGGGGGCGGCGCCCUCGCAGCGCGCACGGCCGCUGGAGGAGGCGCCAGAACAGCAGGAGGGUGGGCGGCGGGGAGCAGGCGGCCGGUCGCACGGGCAGCAGCGCAAGCGGCGCCGAGCGGAGAAAGUUGGCUUGCUGCCUGGUAAGGCGGGGCAAGAGGAGCGCAAGGAUCAGGUGAUGCUCCCGCCACCGGCGGCGCUGGCAUCGAAGCAGCAGCAGCUGCCGCCGCGGGGCAAGGCGGGCGUGGAGGUGGUCAACCAGGACAUUGAUGUGCAGCAGCAGCAGCAGCAGCAGCAGCAGGAGGAACACGACCAGGACCAAGAGCAGCAGCAGCAGCAGGAGCAGCCGCGACCGGUGAAAAAGCGGAAGCCGCUGCUCGAGGAACAGGGCAAGAGGGAGCUGCGGCGACGGCAGCAGCCGGAUGCGCCAGAGGGGGAGCUGCUUCUGGCAUCGCCGCGGGGCGCAGCGCUGCUGCCGGCGGUGGCGACCAUUGCCGAUCGCGCCAAGACGCGCCAAAGGAACGUCAAAGCCGCCAGCGACCGCGAGGCAGCGGCGGCGGCGGCAGCGGCGGCAGCGGCGGCGGCGGCGAAGCGGAAGCAGCGGUCAUCUCCGGCCAGACCCGGCCAAGGGACCGCGCAGGCGCGAGGGCGCGUGCUCGCGCAGCAGCGGGCCGCGGAGGCGGCGGCGGCCGCGCGGGCAGCGGAGGAGGCUGCGGAGGCGGCGCGGCGGGGCGCGGCGCUGCCGCGGAUCCCCCAGACGCACUGGGCGCCUGUUGUACAGGAGCUGCCGCCACAGCAGCCGGGGGAGCUGCGGGCACUGGGGUUCACCUUCCACCCCGUGAUCGCCAGGCUCUGCAGACGGGCGAACGAGCGGUGGCGGCUGUGGUGGGAGGCGCUGCCCGCGGAGCAGCGCCGCGACCCCCGCAACCACGUGUCCCUCGUGUGCGCCGACGACGAGGCGGCGCUGCGGCCCCCGCGCGGCGCCAAGCGGCCGAGGCCGUCCGCGGAGGGGCUGACCGCCGCGCGAGAGCGGCGAGAGCAUGCGGAGCAGCGGCUUUGGGACGCCGGUGUGGACCCCGAGGCGCUGCUGACGCGGGUGGCGGCGCUCAUCGUGGGGAGCCAGCCCGACUUUGCGUCGCGCUCCGACCUGGAUUCGCUGCCGGACGUCCCCUGCCGCGCCAUGGAGGUGUUCACGGUGCCCAACACCGACCCCCGCGCCGGCCUGCGCGGAGGGAGGUCGGUGCGGGCGCCGGCGGCCGCGGGCGCCCGCUCCGGCAGGGGCGAUUGCGCGGGCGCAGGCGCCGGCACGGGCGCGGGCGCGGGCGAGGGCGCGGCGGGAGGGGUGGCGCUGCCCGUGGGGUAUGUGCUGGGGGCCUACAGAGGUUACGUGAUGUGCAACCCGGACUAUCAAGACCGCCGCCUGAGGUGGGUUACUUAG